UUGGUCCUCUCCUUUAUUUCAGUCCCUCGCUCAGCCUCACGACCACCCUUGCCGCAGCGGGCUGCGGCAGAGUGGCGCCCGGAACAGGGACCUGAAGAGUCCAGAAUCGUGAGGAUUUGAGAUCCCGAGAGGACCGCUGCUACGGGGGCCCGAUUCGGAUGGGCGCUCUGCGGAGGACAGACACUGGGGGCCGCGCAUGCGGCACUACCCUCAAGUAUUUUGGAAAGACCCCAUAGAUGGGUCUCGGCAUGGCCCUGACCCGGUACUAGUUUGGGGCCGAGGGCAUGUUUGUGUUUUUCCCACAGACGCUGAGUACCCACGGUGGUUGCCCGAGAGGUGUGUCCGCCAUGCCCAAGAGCAAGAUAAAGAAGCUCCAGAGAAGACUCGCGGUCAUGUUACUGAGGAACUGGAGAGCCCAGAGGAGACUCCAGCGGUUAGCGCUGAUCUUGAGCCUCCUGUGGAUACUGAAAACUCAAGUGAAGGCUGAAGAAUACUGGGCCUUUCUUCCCAAUCCUCCCGUCCUGCAUCCAGUUACUAGGGAGGACAAUGAUUUUGUGCCUGUAUAUGUGAACAAUACCCAGGUCUUAGGCCCGCCAUCUUCCAGGCAUAUCUUGCCCGUGUCAGCUAAGUAUAAUUAUACCGGCUUGUCUACUACUCAACCCAUUUGCUUUUCUUCGACCCCAAGAAAUUGUACUCUUAUCUCCAGAUAUGCUGAUUGGGAUGGUAAUUUCACUGAUGGACCUCACUGGGGUGUGGACAUGCUUUAUCUUCAUAGAAAUGUGAGCACCACUACUAUUGGCCAGGGGUCCCCUCCUCCUGACAUCCCGGUAUGCAAGCAAAGAACGCCCUCUCAGAGCCAGUGGGGCCCGGCAUGGAGAAUUUGUCAUCUCAACCAUACCGUUUGUGAUCAAGGGAUUUGUGACUGGAGUGAUUACCGAGAAGGGACCUACAGGCCCAUGAACCUGCUGUAUGGAAUAUAGACAAAGAAUAAUCGGACCUAUCAGACUAUGCUUUGGAAGGCUGUCGCCUCCCUCCAAUAUGUCACCGUAGCCAAGAGACAAGUAGUUUGGAUGCAUAUAGGAACACAAGACGCUAUCUCCAUAGACGGAACCCAGAAAAAUGUAUCUGUCAUAGCUUGUG